AUGCCCUCUAGCAAUGCGCCCUUUCGACCCUCCCCGCUGUCAUUCAACUCCCCUCGUGCGUCACCAUUCCGGCGCCCGUCCACUCCCAGUUCCCCUCCCCAAGCACGUCCAGUCACGCCAGGGAGCUCGCCAGGCCGGGGAUAUACCCCCGUCGUAUCUCCCAGCAAAUUGAACCAGUCCUAUACCGUUGAAGAUGAUGCCUCGUCCAGGAACAAAGAGCCAAUUCCCCAGCCGCGAUUCACCAGAGACCCUCCUUCGUCCCCGAGUCGAGGCGCCAGCGCGCUCCAAUCUUCUCCGUCGAGUAUGGAGGCGACAGCCACCAGCAUGAUGGCUGCCACUUCCGACGCAGCAGCACGGCUGGCUCCGGCACAAUUACGAGAGAUACGGGAGGCUUUCCAGGUUCUGGAUAGGGAUAAUGAUGGGUUUGUUGACAAAGAUGACGUAGCAGAUGUACUUGCAAACAUUGGCCAGGACCCCUCAACUCUGUCCCAGUUCUUCCCUCCUGGAGGUGCCGCCACGAUCAACUUUCCUACCUUUCUAAAUACCCUAUCGCAACUACUAUCACCACUGUCCUCGCGACAGGAGCUGAUGAAUGCUUUAUCUGCAUUUGAUGAAGACGAUAGCGGCCAGAUCGAUGUGGAUGAAUUACGAGACGCUCUUCUACACACCGCUCCAGACGACGGAGAGCGCCCGUUGACGGAGCGCGAAGUUAAUGAGGUUCUCAAUGGGUUUACCGGCCGCAGGGCAUUUGGAGGGAAUGUUGGGAAGACAGGCAGCGGAAAGAGAGGGGAAGUGCUCAAAUACCAGGAGUUUGUCAACACGGUGAUAGGUGGAGUUGAGAAUGGACAGGGCAAACGGGACACUUGA